AUGUCAAUCAUCGGCACCGCCACCCCCGAGAUGCCGAAUCGCCAACGAAGUCGAAGAUGCUCCAUCUGUCGCCAUGGUUUGGAUGACUGUAUGGCGACUGGGCGACAUCUCAUCACAAAGAAGACAUUACCACCACUCACCUCUCGCUAUGAGCUCCCCAUCUUGAAGAGUUUCGACCUCGAGAAGUUUGCCGCCGAAAUGCCAGAUGGGCGACGCCUCACGUUUACGGGAGUGGCCCACUUGUGGCAUCCAAUUGGAAAGAACGAAGAGACUUUGCCCACCGCGGAGACGUAUACGUGGGAGAUCUGCCAGCGUACCAACGGUUGUGCGUGCAACGAGACCCCCGGCUUCGAUUUGACUCUGGAUGGAGGCUUGGGCUGGCCGCCGACCCAGUUGUUGCUGGGCGUUCGGCGGUACCGAGUGAAUGAUGAAUACUUGAGAGGAGACGGAGUCAGGGCUGUGCACAUGAGGAACGGGCUCAGUUGGUGGAAUUGA